AUGAGCGAGCUCUGUGAUGGCUGGGGGCGGCGUUGCAAAGGCAGUGCUGGACCACCUCCAAAGAAGUUUUGGGCAGACCCUGCUAUAUCGGUCUUUGAAAGAGUAGUAUUGAGGGAUGUGGAAAAGGCUGAGAAACAUUUGUACACUAAGCGCUCCUCCCUGAAUUUCUCUGUCAGAUAACAAAUAGCUUUGGCCAGUCUUCAGAAUAAUUUGGACAUAAUUAUAAAACCGGCAGACAAGGGGGGAGCGGUUGUACUCAUGAAUAGGAACGACUAUAUCCUUGAGGCCCAGAGACAACUGGAGAAUUCCACUUUUUACUUACGUUUAGAAAGUGAUCCUACACACCACAUUUUGAGUUUAAUCAAAAUAGUAGUUCAGGGUGCUGUAUCAUUGGGAGAAAUAAGCGAUAGUGUAGGCAAAUUUCUUAUUAAUAAUUCUCCCCAGGUUCCCAUUUUUAUACCCUUCCAAAAAUUCACAAGGGGAUUCUCCCUCCCCCAGGGUGGCUGAUUGUCUCAGGGUCUUCUUCUGUAUUUGAACCACUUUCUGUGUUCAUAGACUCUUUUUUGCAAGAGGCUGUUAAAAGUUCAGCCUCGUAUGUGAAGGACACAAAAGAUCUCAUCAUGCAACUGGAAAGUACUGUCUUUCCAAUGGGGUCAUGUUUGGUGUCCCUUGAUGUUGCAUCUUUAUACACCAAUAUACCCCAGGAUGAAGCGAGAGAGUUUGCAUUAGAGGUAUUUGAGGCUAGGUCAGAUAUAUUCCCCUCCACAGACUUUUUAAUAACAUUCACUGAGAUCAUAUUAGAAAAAGCAUAUUUCAGAAUUCAACAAACGUAUUAUAUGCAAAUUAAAGGGGUAGCUAUGGGUUGCGAAAUCGCACCCUCAAUUGCAAAUCUGUUCAUGAACAAACUGGAACGGGACUUUAUUUGUAAUCCAACCCAUAAUAGGUUUUGGUCGUACUUUCGGCUAUAUCGCCACUAUAUUGAUGACAUCCUCCUUAUUAUAUCUGAUGCCUCCAUUCUCCCAGAAUUGACAGAAUGGCUGAAUAGGAUACAUCCUUCUACUCAAUUUACACACACGUCCCAUCCUUCGCAUAUUCCUUUUUUGGAUACUGAGAUCUGUCUAACAGCUGAGGGGAAAUUGGCUUUUAAGCCUUUUCACAAGCCAACCGAUAGAGCUUCAGGUCUACACUUUAGAUCAUACCAUCCUAAAUCAUUAAAAAACAGUUUGCCGUACAGCCAGUUGGUCCUCUUAAAGAGGAAUUCAUCUUUAGAGAGUGAUUUUAGGAGGGAGUCUGAGAGGCUCUUACAAGAGUUUAGGGGUAGGGGCUUCCCAAGUCAUAUAUUGGAGUCAGCAUUUAAAAAGGUGAAUUCUAUGCCUAGACAGUUAUUUUUACAGGAGAAAUCUCCCGCCCAGAGAGAAAAUAGAAUCACCUAUGCAUUAGAUUACACCCCAGGUUCUCAGGUCAUCAGGAGUGUUAUGAACCAACAUUGGCACAUUGUUAAUUCCAUUCCAGGAUGUAGCCUACCCCCCAGGGUCAGUUUGCGAAAAGCAAAAAGCCUUAGACAAAGUUUGGUGUGGACGGAUGUAAUGCUUUAUGAGAAACGUUCUUUGGUGAAGGGCCACUAUGUGUGUGGUAAAUGCAGAGCUUGUGGUCUAGCUCUUGCAACAAAAGAGUCUGUACAUCCAUUUCUCAAGUUCAGAUAUACAUUCAAUCAAUAUACAGAUUGUACCACCCCAGAGUGGGUUUAUUUGAUAUCAUGUGCUUGUCCAGCCUUUUAUGUGGGUUGUACCCUCCGCCCUGUGAAACAAAGAAUCUUGGAACAUUCCUCCAAUGUUAGAUUGCAAAAAUUAUUGGAGGAACCUAUUGUACAGCAUUUUUUACAGAAUAAUCACACGGAUAGGGAUAUGCGGUUUUUGGUCUUAUACAAACAUGAGGCCAGAAACCCUUUUGAAGAUGCGCGUCAGUUUGUUAAGAGAGGAGGCUAAAUGGAUAGGCUUAAAAUGUUCCAGACUCACUGGGGCUUAAAUCAAGACCUGGACUUGAAAUGCUUUUUAUGAGGCUUGGUAUACAUCAACUAUUGCCAAUACAAUUGGAUAUCUAAGUGCUGUCUCUUUAAAUUAGUGAGAGUAUUGGCUCACUGCACGUCUGCAUUGCGGCACAGCUGCAGAGAAUUUGAGUUUGGGUGUUUGGCCUCCUAAAAAUUUCCACUCUGUUAUACACUGUCAACAGACUGAGUAGACCUAUGGAGCUGAGCUUAAGGCCAGAGCGUAAUGCCUUAUGUUUAGGAGUUGGAAUUGUAUCAGGCUCAACAUUGUCUUUGAAGGAAGAUGAAAAUGUUUUGGACAGCCAAAGCUGUAGAAACUACAGAGAAUGGAGUAUAACUAUGGAAGCACCAGAGCAUGAAGCUGUAACAGUGUUCCAGAUGCCAGCUGGCUUCACACAGUUCACAUUAUAUGCUGUAUUACACAUACACCUCAUAAUUCAUAAAACUAUAAAAUCUAAAUUGGCUUGA